GCAGCCGGUGGAACGCGGAAGCGGGGGGCGUCGCGCUCACGCGUCCCGGCGGGCUCCGGGGUGUCCCGCGGGGUCCGAGCCCGCGAUGCCGCUGCAGCAGGAGCAGGAGCCGGCGUCCUCCUCGCCCCCCUCUUCUCAGCUCUUGGACGCCGUGCUCCAGAACCUCUACGACUUUGGAGAGACAGAAGAUGAAGCGGAACGGAAGCGAAUCAGGAAGAAGAGGGAAAACAAGAAGAGGGAUGUGGAGGCGCCGGUGGCCUCGGGGGCGGAGCCAGCGCCCCCGCCGGGUUCCCUGGCCAGAGGCCAGAGGAAGGGCGCCUCUACCUUCUUCUCGGAGCUCAGAGAAGAGCUGCAGUGCGCCCCUGCCGCCACCCCCGCCGGUGCCCCUGCGGGACCCCAGGUCCCUUGUGCUGCAGCAGCUCCCGCUCCCCUGAACAACAGGGAGCGGGUGGAAGUGGUAGAAUUCCACAGCAGAAAUAAAAAAAGAAAACAGAAGCCCGAUCAAGACGAGAACACAAAGACCAAAACUAGUAUCCUUGAGAAAGAUGUGAAUAUACAAGAAUUUAACUUAGAAAAGGCGCGGCUGGAGGUGCACCGGUUUGGGAUCACAGGGUACGGAAAAGGGAAGGAACGCGUCCUGGAGCGGGAACGCGCGGUGAUGCUGGGUGCUCAGCCUCCCAAAAAGAGUUACAUGAAUUACAAGGUUUUGCAGGAGCAGAUCAAAGAAAAAAAAGCAGCAAAGGAAGAAGAAAAGAGAAUGGCCCAGGACACAGACAUUUUCAAGAAGAAGAAGAGGAAAGGGCAGGAAGACAGGAAAUCCAAAAAGAAGAAAUCGGCCCCCAGUAUUUUGUCAAAUGGACGAAUUGGUCAGGUUGGAAAAUUCAAAAACGGGACGUUGAUUCUGAGCCAAGUCGAUAUCAAGAAAAUAAAUUCUUCCCGCGUGGCUAAAUGAAGCACUCCAGGAGCUACAGGGAGGAGCGGGAAGCGCCCUGUGCUGCAGCUGGACCCGAGCGGGACUCCAGCUCGCUCUUCCUCCCUCCUUGUCUCAUAGACUGCUUUUUAGGGAGAAAGUCAAAUAGAAGUGAUAAAACUGCUGGUUGCUCAACUGCUGGUUGUUUGUUUAAGGGGAAUAACCACAUUGGGCCAACCACAUGCAGUGUGAAUAUAAAGUGAAUCUGUUGGAAAGAAUGUUUAAUUUUCUUCAGUGAGGUUCACUCGAGUUCCAUUUUCACCGAUGUCUGUGCUUUUGUUUAUACUAAGAUCUUAAAAAAAAAUUUACCGGUUUAUAAAUGCUAAUAAUUAGCUUUACACUGCUAUUUAAUUUUCUAAAACUGAUUUGUUACUAUAUCAUGAACGAAGAAUGUGAUAAUUUGUCAGGUAUUUUGUGGGAAAAACAGUUUCAGUUUUCAAAAUCUACUUCAUAAGUUAUGUAAAUAAAAUACAACUUUGAUUGUGUGUGUGACUGUGACUGGUA